CAAAAUUUUGCACAAUAAUCCCAAUUCAAUUUACCUAUGCGCCCCUGCGCCUUCUUUCUUAAACUCCUACUAGUGCUGUGAUCGGUUACUCUUCACGUCUCCCUACUCUCGCUCUUCCGAAACCCUAAUCCUAAACUCUGUUUCUACAAUGAAGGAAGUACGCCCGACGUCUGGUAAUGCGCGCAAGUCCGAUGGCCGUCUUGCGGCAAAGAAGGCCCCGGAGAAGCGGAAAACGGGGAGCCGCAAAGCGAAAGAUCCUAACAAGCCGAAGCGCCCUCCUAGCGCGUUUUUCGUUUUCAUGGAUCAAUUCCGGAAGGAGUUCAAGGAGAAGAACCCUGAAAACAAACUCGUCUCAGUGGUUGGAAAGGCUGGUGGCAAUAAAUGGAAAUCUAUGUCCGAUGCUGAGAAAGCACCGUAUGUGGCCAAAGCUGGUAAACUGAAGGACGAGUAUCUGAAGAAGAUCCGUUUUUACGAUGGCUCGGAUGUAGAAAAAAAGAACGCUGCUGAGGAUGAAUCAUCAGAUAAAUCCAAGUCUGAGGUUAGCGAAGAAGGGGCUGAAAGUGAUGGGGAGGAAGAAGACGAUUAGGUUUCUAAGCUGUGGAACUUACUGAGGUGAUUGUGAGAAUCUUGGACAUAGGAAUUGAUAUAAUAUAGAAAUGGAAAUAUAUCCACUUAUGUUUUUUUUUGUCUUUAUGUUGUUCUCUGUUUUAGUGUUUUGGAUGUUCAGUGUAGUUUUAAG